CUCCCGCCGGCCCGGGGUGGGAGGGGCCGCUGCUCGGGCAGCACCCCACAGCCCGCCAGUCCCGGCCAGGAGAGCCGCUCAGACGCUCGACCCAGGUUAGGAAGAGGUGGCCCGCCCAGCUCCACGCGCGACCGCGCCUUCCCCCCCAGAUGCCACCUCAUUCAGGGACCCAAGAAACUCGGGUUGAACACCCGGCGGGGAAGCUCUGGCCCAGGCCUGGACCAGUCCUGCUCCUGCUCUGGAUAUACCUAUCCUGUGCUUUGGAGGGGAGGACUCAGGGAAGAUCUGGGUCCAGUGAGUGGACGUCCUGGGGGGCCUGGAGUGGCUGCUCCACCACUUGCGGGCAGGGGGCUUCAGUGCGCAGCCGGAGAUGUAUGCGGAUUUCCCGAGAACAUGCUUGCGGGGGAGACUCUCACCAGUACCGCCUAUGCAGGCUCCCUGAAUGCCCCUCUGGUGCCAUGCCCUUCAGGGAGCUACAGUGUGCCCUCUACAACAGCAGGCCUGUUCUGAGUGACCAGGCCACCUACCAGUGGGUACCCUUCUAUGGAGCUCCCAACCUAUGUGACCUGAACUGCUUGGCGGAGGGCCACACUUUCUACUACACCUUUGGACGAGUGCUGGAUGGGACCCCCUGCAGCCCGGACUUGGAGGGGCUUUGUAUCAAUGGCAGAUGCCUUACUGCAGGCUGUGAUGGGAUCCUAGGCUCCGGCAUCCAGGAGGACCACUGUGGGCAAUGUGGUGGCAGGAACAACUCUUGUCUCUUCAUCCAGCAAGUCUUCAGUGAGGCUGUCCCACCAUCCGGUCAAUCACAUGGCUACUGGAAUGUGACUCUUAUUCCCAUUGGUGCCCGGAAUAUCAGAGUCACUGACCGGAGCAGAAAUUAUCUGGCACUAAUGGGCAGUGAUGGGCGCUAUGUCUUCAAUGGGGACUGGGCCAUUGACUGGCCAGGGACCUUCCAGGUGGCCGAGACCCAGGUCUACUAUAGCCGCACCAAUGACCGUGAUGAGAGUCUGUGGGCAGCUGGACCCACAGGUGAAGAUCUUCACUUGCAGGUUCUCUUCCAAGAGCCCAACCCAGGCAUUGAGUUUGAGUUCUGGCUGCCAAGGGAUGCCUAUUAUGCCCUGCAGAAUCACAGGAGUCCUCUGAGACAGCCACAGACUCGGGAGGUGGAGGUGGGGCCCCAGGAGACUGCCCCAGCCUGGACUCGGCCAUCCCCCUCCUCUCCAGGAUUCUCCCCACUUCGGGAGCGGCCCAUUGAAACAGAGACUUGCCAGCCAUGCCCAGGUGCCAAGGGCCGGAGCCAGCGUCUGCUUCAUUACUGCAGGAGUGACUUUGUAUUCCGGGCCCGGGUCCUGGCACGGCUCCGUGUGGGUGAGGAGACCCGGUAUGACAUUCAGGUGCAACACUCUUACAAGAAUUGGACCCCACUAGAGCGAAGGGAGUUCCUCUGGGCCCCAGGGGCCUGCCCCUGCCCCUUGCUGGUCCCUCGAGCAGAGUACCUGAUAGCAGCCCAGCGACACAUCAACUAUGAGGGCACCCUGGACCGGCUGCUGCUGCCCCGUGCUGGCUAUGCUCGGCCCUGGACUCCCAGAGAAGACAGCCGCAUCCAGGAGGUGGCCAAGCAUUGUCCCCAGACCCCACCACCAGGCUGAGGCUGACUGCCCAAGCCCUGGAGAGGGCCACAUCUAGCCCAGUGGACUGCCCUCAAGAGGACCAGGCUGGGACUAGAAUCCCCGAAAUGGGCAGACCCAUUCCACAAUGCUGCUGCCCGGGACGGUAGCGCCAGGGGGAUUCUUCUGAGAUAUGGGCACAGGGGAGCCAGACUGGCUUCCUCAUUCUGCCCCGUGCCCAUGGCGGAAGCAGGAACCCUAGGACCAGUCUCCGCUUUGCCCCAUGGCCUCCCUCUGGACCCUGAAUUCUUCACCCUUCCAGCCUGCAGGGUACCAGAAGGGAACACACACACACAUUCUCACUCACUUCAAGGAGCACAUAUACAUAUAGCACAGUACAGUGAUCACCUACUAUGUAUAAGGAAGGGCCUCUAAUGGGCCAAGAUCCUGCUUGUUAGGCGUCUACAGUCUAAUAGGGAAAGACAUUUACACCAUUUUGAUGAGGAAGAAUGAGAUCAUGAGACGGUAAACCGGGCCAAGUGCCAAGAGAAAUUUGAGGGAGAGGUCAUCUUGACCUGGGGAAUUAAGGAAGGAUUCUGGGAAGACACAUCACCUGGGCUGGGCCUUCAACGUUUUAACAGAAACUGAGGGGAGGAAAGGAAGUCCUCUGGAAAUGGGGAACAGGGUGAAGAGGCGCAGCUGGGAGAGGGUAAGAUAAACAGGGCAUCGUGUCCAAGAAUGGGCUGGAACACAGUCUAAGGCAACUGGAAAAGUAGCUGGAGCCAGGCUGUGAAAGACCAUGAAUGGGGGGCCCUUUUGGGCAGAGUGAUAUCACUCGAGACUGGAGCCAAAGAAGAUUGCCUAUUCAAGAAUAGGGUGAGAGAUUAAGUCAGGAUAAUUUGAAAGGGAAUAGGAGGUGGAGGUCGUAAAGGCUUUAGGAGACAGACUCAGAUCUAAUAAUGCAGGAUAUAAGGGAAACAUGGCUUGGCAAUGCAAAUAUUAGUGGGCUGUAUAGCAUACAAGUUGUUUAUUUUAGGUCCCAAGUUCUCUCUGCAGCUCCUCCCCCACCCAUUGAGAAGGCAAACCAUGAUACAUGUGAAAUCACAUAGUGUCUAAGUCUUAAGACCUGUUGAAAUCCUGCCCAGCCUUUAAAACCCAGUUCAAGUGCCAAGUUCUCUGGGAAACCUUAAUUCUCCCACCUCUCUGACUUCGCAUUGUCUCAUACCUCUGAGGCCCUUCUCAGAGGGUGUGAUCCACUUUUGUGAUGAUGUCCCAUCUUUGUCAUUCUGUGCACUCAGUGAUGUUGGAGAACUCAGUAUAUGUAUGUAAACUCCUUCAAUGCCAGUAUUUGGGAAAAGGGAGAAAUAGGACUCUAUAUCACUCUGUUAGCUGUCAUCUGUAAGAGGGUUCUCCUUUUCUGGGGGUGUAUGAGAACAGAACUGGGAGCAAGGGGUAUAAGUUGGAGUGGACCAAGGACAGGACAAUCUGAAUUCAGCUCCUCCCUUUGACGCUAGAUGAUGUGACAUAGCUUCUGAGCUUCAGGCAACUCCCUGGCAUGUAACUAUUAAAUUAAAAUCAUAAAUGGGUAGCCCACCUGUUUGGAUGAAGGAAAUCCCCUGUAGAAUAUUUCUCUAACAAUUAGAAAUAUCCCCAGGGAACUAGGUGAUGCAAUGGAUACAGCACUGACUCUGGAGUCAGAGGGAACCAAGUUCAAACGACCCUGGAAAAAUCACUUAAUCUUGAUACCCUAUAUAAAAAAAAACCCAAAGUGGAAUGGUGAAUGUGAGCUUUCUGCCACUGAAUUUACACAAGGCUGAGAGACUUGGUUAUAGAGGAAUUCUUAAGUGCAGCUUGCAUGCGCUAGCCCUUCCUCCACGGAGAUUCUGAUUUUUCCUCCAUGAAGAUUCUGAUUUAUAAAGAUGCAAUGACUGAAA